CAAUGGCGAACCUUUUGGAACUUUGAUCUGUCAAAGACAGUCAGGAACGUAUGGUUUCGCACGUUGCACGGAAAACGAUCUUGCCGCUUCACACUGGCUACUCUACUAGCUUACGAAGUAAACAACAGUACCUUCCCAAUAUGCAAUGACGACAAUGAGACGAUGCCCCACCACUUCCUGUAUCGGUGC